AUGGCAGGAGUCAAUCCCCCUCAGCUCGGCGGCCCACAACCAAAUCUUGGGCUCCUAGCACACGGACUCCAGGAAGGCGCCACCGAGUUGGCAAAUUUUGCCAAUCUUCCUGUAUUUGCUCAGGGCGAUGCAAUCAUGCAACUGAUGCAGCAAAACCAUCGAGAAACUCAGCGGCAGAUGCAGCAGAUGCAGACACAAAUGCAGCAGAUGGAGCAGCGGAUAGUGCAACAAAUACAGCAACUCCGCACCGAUAUUACCACAUUACGUCAGGCAAGCGUGUACAAUUCUGCUGCCCGCCUUGAAAACUCUAAUAUCAGAAAAACCGACACCGCUAUUAUCGCACUCCAUGAACCUACAACAAACGCCAAUAUUGCAGGUUUUCCUGCCACACCCGUUCAUCUUGCGAAUAGGACAGGUCCUGCGCUAGAUAGGGUUUUGGCAGCACUAGGCCAGCCUACCAACGGCACGACCGCGGAUAAGAAGCAACGGCUGAGGUUCUACACUGGAUUGCGGAACACUAGCGAUGAGGGAGGUUCUGGUAUACUGGAAUAGUGAUUGUUGGCGGAGUCACUAGGAGUUCGUCAGUGUUAGGUGUGCCUGACGAAGGCAAGGUAGGAGCUGUACGGCUGUGCAGCUCCUACAAGUCUCUUCUCUCUCUCUAGAUGGUCAAAAAACUCAUAACAAUCAACACUUCAUUCACGUACAACGUGUACCACUGUACCCCUCCAGAGUUGGAACGUCAACAACCACAUGAUUCGAAGACAUGACCGAGCUCAUAUACUCGACGUCCACAUACCUGAUCACCAUCCUCACGGUGCCCACCACAUCCACAACCGAGGACAGGACAUUCAUCAGCGUGGGCGACCUCUCGAUCUCAAGCUCGGCAGCGAACGUCUUGAUCCCCCCAGCGUGGUUAGUAAACCGGCCAAUCCUCAAUCAGAUUGACGGUCGGUUUAUUAGUAUAGACUCUAGAUAAUCCAAUCAAUCAAGCCUCUAGCCAAUCAAACCUCAAGCGGAGAUUGAUCCGAUUGAUGCGAUUGGUGUAU